AAAAAAUGAACUAUUUUCAAACAAAGAAAAGAUAAAAUUCCUUGCUUGUAAACUUACGCUCUGCAGUUUAAUUGCUUUCUCCUUUGCAUCUCCAAAGGCAAAUUUGUGUUGCCCCUGCAGUUUAUUAACUGUUUUCAGGUUGCUUUCCAUUUUUAUAACGAGUUUCAAGAAUAAUAGAAAGGCGAGUAGAAAGCUGGGAUUUUGCUGAGGUUUUUUAAGAGAGAUGGGUAUGAAGCAAUAGGAGAGAAGAUCUUGUUUGGUGGGUGAUUAUACAUACAGUAAUGGAACCCCCAAGGGGGUUUCUGGCAUCUCUAUGGAACUUCAUCCGUUUCUUGCCUUACUUCAUUGGCCUUCUCAUCCUUGGCACCAUAAAAGGUGUCAUUUUGUGCCCAUUUAUACUUGUUAUAGUUACAGUUGGGAACUCUGCUAUAGUAUUGGGACUUUGGCCAGUUCACGUGUUCUACUCAUUUUACUGUGUCCUUAGCGCAAAACUAAUAGGCCCAGUUUUGAAACUCGUCUCUUGCAUCUGUCUUCCUAUCAUUUUAUUUUUGUGGUUACCGAUUGCAAUUGCCAGCAGCAUUGUUGGGGGGGCGGCAUAUGGUUUUCUUUCACCCAUGCUUGCCACUUUUCAAGCUAUUGACCUAGGAAAGGCUAAUAAACUUUACCACUGCAUUUAUGAUGGAACUUGGGAUACAGUCAAAGGGAGCUGUACUAUAGUUAGAGAUGUAGGGGACAUUUGUUACCAUUCCUACUUCUCAGUAAUGGAUGAUCUACGAAUUCAAAAGUCUUCAACUGGAAAAUAUUACGAGAUCAGGUUGCUUUACCUUCCUGUAGCACUAUUUUGUGGCUUGCUAGGUUCCAUGGUCGAUAUGCUAGUGAUCACUGUGAUAGCUGCCUAUAAAAGUCCUUAUAUGCUUAUCAAGGGAUGGUAUCGCUUGUUUCACGAUUGUAUAGGCCGGGAGGGACCUUUCUUGGAGACAAUCUGUGUGCCAUUUGCUGGUCUUGCCAUCCUGCUUUGGCCAUUGGCUGUUGUUGGUGCAUUCUUAGGCUCCAUUGUAUCGAGUAUCUUCCUUGGUGCCUAUGCAGGAGUUAUUCUAUACCAGGAGAGCUCUUUCUGGUAUGGGAUAUGCUAUAUUGUUGCCUCGAUAUCCAUAUACGAUGAAUAUAGCAAUGAUAUUCUUGACAUGCGUGAAGGAUCCUGUUUUCCCAGGCCAACAUACAGAGCGGAGACUACUUCAAGAACCAACUCCCAUGCAGGUUCUUUCUCGAAAUCUGAUUCUCUCGGAAACCCACCCAAUCGCUCAAACUCCAUGAACGCCUCUAUGAUUGAAUUGAAAGCCCGUGACUCCCGUGAGCUUGCUGAUGCCUUUUUCGAGGCGUGUCGGUGUAAUGGUGAAAUCUUGGCAUCUGAAGGUGUUAUAACACGAAAAGAUUUUGAAGAUGCCAAGUCUAGUCGAGAUAAUGGCAAGACCAUAAGUAUCGGUCUACCAGCAUAUUGUUUCCUCCAGGUGCUUCUACGUUCUGCCAAAGCCAACUCUGCUGGUCUGCUAUUAAAUGAUAAUACCGAAAUAACUAGCACAAACAGGCCUAAAGAUUCCCUAUAUGAUUGGUUUUUCAAUCCACUGUUGAUCCUGAAAGAGCAGAUCAAGGCUGAUAACCUCUCUGAAUCUGAAGAGAAAUACCUCGGUAGAUUGGUUCUGUUGGGCGGUGAUCCUGAGAGCCUGAAUAACUCGAAUAUUGGCUCGCCUCCUGAAUCUGAGCUAAGACGAGCUGAGCUCGAGGCAUUAGCUCGAAGGCUUAGAGGGAUAACCAAAUCUCUAUCGAGAUUCCCAACGUUUAGGCGGCGGUUUGAUAGCAGCAUGAAGAGCGUGUUAGACGAGCUAGCCAAGAAGAAUGGUGAGAGCAGAAAAUGUGAAGCCGAGGGCCAAAAUAUCCGCAGGUCGAAGAGCAUGUUUGUUAGGAUUUUUAGCCAGAAAUCUUUUAAAGACAAAAGAAGCAACACUGAAACUGAUCAAGAGGCUCAAAUGGUUGGUAACGAGGGAGAUAUUGAAAUCAAGUGAUUAAGGAUUGUAUGCUGUCGGGUCGGGGUGUGGGGCGUUUUGAGGUGCGGGAUUCCACUUUUUUGUCACAAGGAUUGAAUAUUGUGUGUAGGUGAAUGAGAGAUUUGUUUGAA